AGAUUUGCAAUCUGCUAAAAGCUGGCUGAUCAAAGACAGAUUGGCUGUGGGUGAUUUUUUUGUUAAUAUUUAUUUUAAUUUUGUUCUUGCAGAGAGGCAAAGCUGAGGCGGGCGAAGCAGCAGCAAACAGUAAUCUCUGCUUUGCAAACGUAAGCUUUUCGCUUUUUACUUUGUCUGCUUCGGGAGGGGAGGACUUGUAACUAUUUCCAUAAGGCUCUACAGCAUUGGGGCACGUCCUCCCUCUUUUCCUCCCCUCCCUAAAUCCUUGAUUUUUUUUAAUGUCCCCCUCUUUUUUCAAGAAAAAGAAACGAUUUUUUCUUCUCGGCUGUAACAAGCUCUCAAGACCAGAGGCUUGUUUCUUAAUGCCAGCCCGAUUGGUUUAAGAUUCGCCGCGUUGUGACAAGGACGCCACGCCAAGCAAGACUCGACUCUCUUUCUGCUCUCCAUGUACUGUGCCAUUCAAAGAAGUUUUACUUACUGAGAAGCUCCGUGGAAAGAAGGCGGUGGGGGGAGAAAACUGCAAAGAGAGAGAGAGAGAGAGAGAGAGAGAGCGAGCGAACUACAGAGUCAAGGCACUAAGGCGCACUGCAAAAGAAAGAGAGACUUUAAAGUGUCAGAAACCUCCAGAAGAGACUCAAAGCAAUGACUACAGAGCUGGCCAUUAAUGCAGAAUUGCCUACCAGCCCGCUUGCCAUGGAAUAUGUCAAUGAUUUUGACCUGAUGAAAUUCGACGUGAAGAAGGAACCACUGGGAGCCGAUCGCACUGUGAGGCAUUGCAACCGCUUACAGCCGACCGGAUCCGUCUCCUCUACCCCCAUCAGCACCCCUUGUAGCUCGGUGCCCUCCUCUCCAAGCUUCAGUCCCACCGAGCAGAAAACUCACCUGGAAGAUCUGUACUGGAUGGCGAACAGCUACCAGCAACUCAACCCGGAGGCUUUGAACUUCACCCCCGAGGACGCGGUGGAAGCCCUGAUCGGUAACGCGCACGCCGUCCAGCAGCAGCUGCAGGGCUUCGAGAGUUUCAGAAGCCACCACCACCACCACCAUCACCAUCACCACCAGUUCCAGGGGGUGAGUCCGGACGAACUGGGCAGUAGCAACGGGCACCAUCAACACCACAACCACCAUCAACAGCACAGUUCCCCGGCCUCGUCAACCUCCUCGACCUCCCAGCAGAUCCAGAGCUCCCCUCAUCACCAGAGCCUCCUGGCCGAGGACAGGUUCUCCGACGACCAGCUCGUCAGCAUGUCGGUGCGGGAGCUCAACAGGCAUCUCCGGGGCUUCUCCAAGGACGACGUGAUCCGCCUGAAGCAAAAGAGGCGAACCCUGAAGAACAGGGGCUACGCGCAGUCGUGCAGGUACAAGCGCGUGCAGCAGAAGCACCUGCUGGAGAACGAGAAGACCCAACUCAUCCAGCAGGUAGAGCAACUCAAGCAAGAGGUGUCCAGGCUGAUGAGAGAGCGAGACUCCUACAAACUCAAGUGCGAGAAACUCGCCAGCAAUAGCUUCAGAGAGGCUGGCUCCACUAGCGACAACCCGCCGUCUCCAGAGUUCUUCAUGUGAGUCAGCAGUCGCCUGCCAUCCUCCAUCUAUAACACCCCAUCCAUAUGCCUGCUUGAGAAUUGUUAAGAGAGCGAGAGAGAGACAGAGAGAGACAGAGAGAGAGAGAGAGAGAGAGAGAGAGAGAGAGAAAGCGAGAGAGAGAGAGAGAGAAAGCGAGAGAGAGCUAUCAGCAACAUAGCCCCAUCCAUAUAUUGCCUGUUUGGUUGUAUAGUGUGAAUUACGGAAAACUUGCAUUUAAAACACACAAAAAUAUUAAUCCUGCAUGCUGGACAUGUAUGGUAAUAAUUUCUAUUUUGUACCAGUUUACUUUCCAUUCGGCAUGGCGUUUUAUUUGAAAGAAGUUACCACUGAAUAGUUGAACUAUUUUACUGCUUGCGCUGUUCUCGGUUUUCAGCUGACGAUUUUAGCGACUUGUAAAUAUAUGCAACAAGAACUGUGUCCAUAUGCACUGAUCCAUUUCAGCAGACUUUUUUUAAAAAUGAGGUGAAACAGUCUUUUUUCGCGGGUGGGGGUUGGAAAGGGGAGUGGGGAGGGAAUGUUGAGGGCAAAUGUCUGCUGCACCAGAAACCAACAUUGUAAUUUCGGCGCCUACUUUUUCCCCCCUGUUGUUUUGGUUAAUUUUUAUUUUGUUUUUUUUUGUGUGUUAGUUGUUGCAGAAUUUAAAAAAGAAACGGACAGAUGUGGAACACAAACAAUGAUUAGCAACAAUCAUUUUUAAAAAUUCCAUUAAUGUGUUAAUUUUACUUGGCGCCCUGGAAAAAAAGGGCAGCGAUUGCUUCAGAAUUUAGAUUUGAGACUAUGACACUUUCUUUGAUCUAAUAGUUUGAUUUAUUCGUUAUUUGAAUUGUAAACUGUUUGUCACACAGCAGGAAACUGUAUUUGUUUUAUAAAUGCGGUUUAUUUCCUAAAUGCCUUCCAAACCGGGGGGGAGGGGGGUGUGGGAGGGGGUGGAGAAAGUAAUGAAGGUCAAGUUUCGGUUCUGUAUGUUGUAAAUCCAAUGCUUGUUAAUAAAAUAUACAGUCACUGCAGUGAGAAUGUUUUAGUUUUUUUUACGUUGAUUCAAUUAAAAUUGGAGCUCUUUUUCAUCGCUGACAAUGUGGGAAUGUUUCCUUAGCUAAGUUGGCCUUAUUCGGGUCUUCACGCAAAAGUGAUGCGAUAAAAUGUACACUUUGUUAAAAAUUCCACACUAUAACAGUCCCGUUUUCUCUUCGUGGGAGACUGGCGUAUAGUCACCACUGACAAUAUGACCAAAAUUCAAACUCUCUGUAAACUCAUUUUGCUGAGCGGGUGCAAACAGCGUGCCACCCGGGCGCGAGUGUGUGGUGUGUGUGUGUGUGAGUGUGUGAGUGUGUGUGUGUGUGAGUGUGUGUGUGUGUGUGUGUGUGUGUCUGUCUGUGUGUCUGUCUGUGCGCGCCCGUGCUUAUGCCUUUAAAUAAUAAUGAUAAUUUGACAAGUUCAUUCGAAAAUAAUAGGGCGGCAUUCAACAUUGUGUGGCUUUACAUUUUAAAGAAUGCUUUUUUUUCAAAAGAGAAAUAACACAUUGACUGUAGUGAAAGAAACAAUGUUCUCCAGAUUAAUUAUAUCUGACACAUAAAAUACUCUCUCAUAAAUUCUGAAGGGAUCAUGAACAUAUUGCUUAUGGAAAUGACAAUGUCUUUUAAUUAUCUGUUCCGAUUUGGAAAAUUGUAGUGUUAUCCCCUCAAAAAAAAAGAAAUGGUGUUCUGUCUUUUCUCUUUGGUUCUGUGAAGUUUUUUUUUCUAUUAUAUGCUUAUUAAAGUCAUUGGAAUGGCA